UUUUAGGUCCGAGAGUUAUUUGGCGUUUCAGAUGCUUUUAGUUAGAAAUCAUCUAAAAUUUAUAGCUUAUUUAAACUAUAUGCAAAUAAAUUUCAUAUAAAACAAAAACACCUGUUUUUACUUUUAUGGAACAGCCGGUUUAGAUUCACCUGCUCAAACCAUCUUCCUCCCGCCUCCUGCAGACACAGCGCGUGAGGAGAACGGAGGGAGCGAUGGACGGCGAGAGGAGCAGCAACACCUCCUGCGGAGAGCGCGAGGUGAUCUGCUCCGCGGCGCGCGCCACGGACACGCUGUCCACAGCCUCCGCGUUGAGCGACAGCGCUCAGGCCGUGAAUACGCACCGGCUCCUGGACCUGCAGCUUCCCGCCACGGCCAGCCGAACGGUGGCAAUGGUGCCAGAGGUCUUGCACCCAUUCCCAACCGUGGAUGUUCCCGACCACGCCCACUACACUAUCGGCUCAGUCAUCCUUGCCAUUGGGAUCACCGGGAUGAUCGGGAAUCUCCUAGUUAUUUAUGCCUUCAGCAGGAGUCGCAGCCUGCGGACACCUGCUAACAUGUUCAUCAUAAAUCUGGCCAUCACUGACCUGCUGAUGUGCGUCACCCAAUCACCCAUCUUCUUCACCACCAGCAUGCACAAGAGGUGGAUCUUUGGAGAGAAAGGUUGUGAGCUUUACGCUUUCUGCGGCGCUCUCUUCGGGAUCUGCUCCAUGAUCACACUGACAGUGAUUGCCAUUGAUCGUUAUUUCGUGAUCACGCGCCCUCUGACCUCCAUCGGUGUGUUGUCACGGAAACGGGCCCUUCUAGUCCUUGCUUUGGUCUGGGUGUACUCACUGGGCUGGAGCCUGCCGCCUUUCUUUGGCUGGAGUGCCUAUGUCCCUGAGGGUCUGCUCACUUCCUGCACAUGGGACUACAUGACCUUUACCCCCUCGGUGCGAGCAUACACCAUGCUGCUCUUCAUCUUUGUCUUCUUCCUGCCUCUCUUCAUCAUCAUCUAUUGCUACAUCCUCAUCUUCAGAGCCAUCCGCACCACCAACCAGGCAGUUGGGAAGAUUAACGGCAGCACUCACAGCCACAGCAGCACACGAGACAUGGUGAAGAGAUUCCACCGGCUGCAGAAUGAGUGGAAGAUGGCAAAGAUUGCGCUGAUCGUCAUCCUCCUCUACGUCAUUUCCUGGUCGCCAUAUUCCACCGUUGCUCUCACUGCUUUUGCCGGCUACGCGGACAUGCUGACUCCCUACAUGAACUCCAUUCCUGCCGUCAUCGCUAAAGCUUCGGCCAUCCACAACCCAAUCAUCUACGCCAUCACACACCCCAAGUACAGGAUAGCAUUAGCUAGGUACAUCCCGUGCCUUGGCACUCUGCUCUGCAUCCACCCUCGUGACCUUCGCUCCACCAGCAGCAGCUUCAUGUCCAUGCGUCGCCCCACCCUGACCAGCCAGAGCUCCGACAUCAGCAGCCAAUACAGACGUCCCAGCACCAGAAAGUCCCGCCUCUCCUCCGCCUCUGACAGCGAAUCAGGUCUGACGGACACUGAGGCCGACCUAUCCAGCUUAGGAUCCCGACCUGCCAGCCGUCAGGUUUCCUGCGACAUCAGCAGAGACACUGCUGAGCUGCCUGACUUCAAAUACUCCUCCAGCUUCAAGUCCAAGCUUAAGAACCAUGACUCAGGCAUAUUUGAAAAGAUGUCCUACGACACCGUUUCUAUGGGUGGAGUCAGUGAGCGCAGCAGCAUCCCAAAUAACAGAGAUUUUUCUGAGGGACACAUGAUGCGAGGCGCCAUUGGUCGAAUCCCGAGCAUUGUCGUCACUUCAGAGUCCAGCCCCUUCCUUCCCGUGGGACGAAACGGUUCACGUACAAAUCGACCCAAAGCUGUCAACAACAACACGGGGGCGGGGCAUGGCUAGAACCCCGCCCCCUCCUCUUCACAGCUGAAGCCAUGUAACCACUGACUUACUCUGACAGAAAUAAUGAGUCCUCUGAGGCAAAAGAGGAAUUCAGCUGACAUUUAUUGAGGUUUUAUAUAUUUUCUAUUUAAUGGAAAUUUUAUUUUAGUGCUUAAACAGAUUUCCAAAAAGUUUUUUUUAGGUUUUGAUCCAUCAAACCGCAAAUUUAAAAUGGUAAAUGGUAAAUGGCCUGUAUUUGAUAUAGCGCCUUCUAGAGUCCUGGAACCCCCCAAGGCGCUUUACAACACAAUCAGUCAUUCACACAUUCAUGGGGCUGUCGCUGGAGAACACAGACUUUCUACUGGGUUAGUGUUUGGGAUCAUGUCCUACAGGAAAAUCCACCCAUGUUUCCUCUUCAGUGCUCUCACUGAUGGAAGGGUUUUUUUUACCCCAAAUCUGAUCAUACAGGGCUUCAUUCAUCCUCUCCUUAAUACGGAUCAGUUGUCCUGUCCCCUUUAUAGAAAAGCAGCCCAAAGCAUGAUGUUUCCACACCCAUGCUUCACAGUGUGUAUGGUGUUCUUGGGACACAACGCAGCAUUUUUACCCCUUCAAGCAUGGCGAGGGGCAUUUAUUCUAGGUAAGACGUUACAAUAAGUGUCCUUUUAUUUAUGUUAGUGCAUUAUUAAAGAGCAAAUUACAGAUUUUUUUUAUAUAAAAUGCCGUCCAAACAAUACUAUUUGAAACACUUAUUGUGGGUAUUUUGUUUUACAAUACAUAGCGACACAUUUUUUCGAGUAAAAAGUGGCUUUUUUCAGCAAAGCUUCUAAAAUACUUCUCUUUUUUUUAUCUUAACCUCUGACUUAAUGAUGGGGAGCUAUAAGCUAGCCUUGCCUCAAGCUCAGUGUGGCCAAUAAGUCGUUAUAAGGUUUAUAGGUCGAGUCAGUGUGUUCACUAGUUUUGGAUUGCGUUCAUUUUUCUUAAAAAUGGUAAACUAUUGUGUUUGUGGAUGCACAGCACUAUCUGCAUUUGGCCAAUGGUUUCUUCCUCUAGUUUGUCUCUGAUGGGGCGUGCAGCAAAUUCAUAACUUUAUGGUUUUGGUCCAUCAGAAGUAGAAUUAUAAACAUUUAAUGUUUCCUCUGUGUCAGAGCCGGCAUUAGCAUCCAUAUUUUUCUCUGGAUCAAGCUAACAGGACUCCCUCUGCCUGUGUCACGUCUGGUUUGGCAGGAAAAAAAAAACAUUUUUCUCACAAAAACGACUCUCAUUGCCUAAAUAAUCUAUGUCUACGUUUUUUAGAGCAAGUUCUUAUUAUGUUUCUCUAAAAACUAGUUCAAGGGAGGCUCUAAUCUGCUUAGUAACACAUAACAACAUUUGUUUAAGCUGUUUAUUAAAUGUUAAUCAAAUAACGGUAAUAAAGGGACCCUUAUUGUAAAGUGCUACCGAGUUUAUUUUGGUUUCAUUUGAUCACGACAUUUUCCUAAUCCUCCUCUGGAUCAUCCAGAUGGUUUCUGGCAAACAUUAGAUGAGCCUGGACAUGUGCUGGCUUACACAGGGGGAUCUUUCAAGAACUGUUGGAUUUUAAUCCAUGGUGACGUGAGUUACUAAUGGUAACCUUUGUUACUGUGGUCCCAGCACUCUUCUUCAGGUCAUUUAAAAGUUCCCCUUGAGCUGUUAACUGUUCUCAAGAUCAUUUGUACCCCACAAUGUCAGAUACGGCUGUAACAACAAAUUGAAAAAAAUGAUAAAAUACGAUGAAGAAAUGCGUUGGCAAUGCUUUUUGUCAUCAAUUUGUUUUGUUGUGCAACUUUUUUGGUGUUGUGCAAUCUUCAUGUAACAGUCAAUACGCACAGCUCAUCUGAUACAUCAGCAGAGCAGACUGAGGCAGAUUAGAAUGAGAGACACAUAUAUGUCACAUGUAUAAUUAUUGUGUAAGGACAAUGCUUUUUACUGGCACACAAUGUGCUAAUCUAGGUGAUGUGGAGGAAAACAGAGAAACCAGCAAAGACACAGGGGCAGAAACAGUCCAAAGUUUGGUAUCAACAGUGUAACUACAAGCAGAUUAGCUAGUGCUAGCAGGUAGCAGGCUCACGAUCAAGUGGGUUCAGAAAAAACAUGAUGGUUGUGAAACUAAGAAUAUCUAAACUCUACAAGCGGAAGAAAAGUCACCCUCAUCAUCCUGUUCAUUAGCUGUGUGCAGCGCUACGGAGCAGAACUGGUGUUAUGUUGAUAUGUGUUUCCCCCCUCGAGAUCUGUUUCUUUUGCUCACAUAUCGACGUAACACCAGUGUCGGUACAGGAUCGGCUCGAGAUUAAAUGUUAUUAACAUUUCCAGUAGCUUACUACUGAACAUGUUAUUGAAAUGCAUACAUUUUUACUGAUCAUAGUUUCACCAUAUUUAGGUGAUAGCAUGUUGUUUUUAUAAGCUAUUGAACUCUUUUCCAGUCAUAUUCUGUUGUUAAAGGAAAGGAACAAGAAAAAAAAAAUGUUUUCCUUGUAGUGUUUACAUUUGAAAACUGAAAUUAAAAAAAUUUCCCCAAUCAAGUUUUUUUGCACUCGAGUCCAAAUCGUUUCCCUUUGAGAAUCUGCUGAUACAGGGUAUCGAUCUGAUACUUCAAUAAAGAAAGCAAAGAAACAAAUCCAGAAUGUUUCUUCUUUUUUAUGUAAUUCACUUUAUUUUAACAUUUAACAACUCUACUAACAAACUGAGCACAACCAUGUUUUGUUGUUAAAGUAAAGGAAGGAGAGGAAAAAACGUUUCCCUAACAUUUUUUAAAUUUUCUGGUUUAAUCUGUUUAAUAGAUUAACCGAGUCGAGACCCCAUCUGAA